UCCUUCCUAGAGAAUUUCUCGAACAGGAGAUAUAAUCAAGAUAAGAUAAAACUAACAGUAUAAAAUUAGCGAUUAAAAGUAUUAUCUUUGUUUCCCACUUGCCUUAUUCCGCAGACGAUCAGAAUUCUGGUGAUAGAAACAAAAUGAAGGUCUUUGUGCCAUUACUUGCCUUGACUGUGUUAGUCGCCAUCGUUCAUGCAGAUGUUGGCUACGGCAGAGGCGGUUAUGGCGGUGGUGGUAGGUAUGGAGGAGGUGGAUUAGGUGUUGGUGGAGUCCGUGGUGGUGGAAUAGGCGGUGGUAAACUUGGUGGAGGUGGACUUGGUGGAGGUGGACUUGGUGGAGGAGGACUUGGCGGUGGAUAUGGUGGUGGAUACAACCGCGGUGGUGGAAUUGGCGGCGGACUCGGAGGCGGAAAAGGACUAGGUGGCGGAUACGGUGGCGGAUACGGCGGUGGAAUAGGAGGUGGAAGAGGAAUAGGUGGUGGAUAUAAUCGUGGCGGAUAUGGCAAAGUAGUUUAAUUUGAAAUUCAAUAUAAACUGCUUAGGUGUUUUGUUUUUCUUUAAAGCUUAUCUUCAAACUGUUAUAACAGAAAGUCCCAAUGCUGUUCAUUCCACGUUAUUUAUAUUGUGCAUAUUAUUUAAGUAUUGCAUUAACUGGAGUGAUACUUUACGAUACUCUAAGUUGCAAAUUUGACUGUAUUUGUUUAAAUCUGCUCAUGUUUCUUUUGUCUGACAUUAUGAUACCACAUUUCAAAGAAAUAAUAUUAUGGACUGCUUGUAACUGAAGUUAUGAAACACGAUUUCUGAAUAAAUUACUUUAUUUAAUGAUAA